CCACGCGUAAAAAUAUCGCGUCUAUGCUCGACUGGCAUUUAAAAAUAAUAACAAAAUUACUAAGUAAUUCAGUUCCUAUCAAAUCGGCGAUCACUAGAGAUGCGUUUGAUCGGUUUUUCAAUUAUUUUACUGUUUCUUGCGCAAUGUUGUUAUUCUGCAAGGAUUUUGGGGGUGUUCCCAAUGGCCGGGAAAAGUCUAAACAUCCUGUAUAAUCGCCUGGCGAAGGGUUUGGCGGAUGCGGCACACGACGUAACGCUGAUUAGUGCAUAUGAACAUAAAUUACCUAUUAAAAAUGGUAGUAUUACUGAUGUACUUUUGACUGGAUUUGCUGAAGAUUAUGAAAAUAUGCUAAAGGGCCUUCUGGACACACCCGAGGAGUAUGAGGUUACGGCAAUACUUCACUAUCUGGAGAUGUUCAAUCCAUUAUGGAACAGCACGUUCCAUCAUCCAAACGUUCGUAAACUGUUAGAUUCCAACCAAAAAUUCGACUUGGUCAUCACCGAACACCUUUGGAACGACUGCCUGAAAAUAUUUGCCCACAUCUACAACAGUCCCUUGGUUGUUUUCACCAGCAUGGGCGGAAUAAACCCGUGGAUCAACGAUCAAGUCGGCAAUUUCUUGCUACCUUCGUACGUGCCUCAUUUUUAUAAGUUGGGAGACUUCUCUAAAGGACUAAACUUUGUCCACCGUGUUCACAAUUUACUGUAUUCCCUUACCGAUUAUGUCUACAAGCAUUAUUACUUGUUUCCGACGCAAAAUGCUUUACUGAAGGGCGCUUUUAGUAACCCUCCCGACCUAGAAGAUAUCUACGACGAUGUUGCCUUGGUUUUGCUCGGAUCUCAUGCCAGUUUGCGCUCUCCAACACCUUUGUCUCCAAACACUGUAGAAAUUGGAGGAUUUCACAUUGAUCCACCGAAAAAACUACCGAAAGAUUUACAGGACAUCAUGGACAAUGCUAAAAAUGGAGUGAUAUUCUUCAGUAUGGGUUCUCACGUGCAGAGCAAGGAUUUUUCCGCGGAGAAAAUGAAGAUUUUCCUGAAUGUAUUCGCUAAGUUGAAGCAGACGGUUUUGUGGAAGUUUGAGGAUGAAACGUUGCCUGGAAAGCCUGAUAAUGUUCACAUAAGGAAAUGGAUGCCUCAAAUGGAUUUAUUAGCUCAUCCAAAUAUGAAGCUGUUUAUCACCCAUGGAGGAUAUGGAAGCCUUCAAGAAACCAUCUACCAUGGUGUACCAGUACUGGCAAUCUCCGUAUUCGCCGAUCAGCAUAAUAAUGCUUUCCAAGCAGUCCAACUGGGCUAUGCUUUAAAGUUAUCGUACAACGAUAAAAAUUUCAGCGAAGAAACCUUAUUUAAUCUGAUCCAGGAAUUGUUAAGCAAUCCAAAAUACCGAGAAAAUGCCCAGGCUAGGUCCAGGGUAUACCACGAUAGACCAAUGAAACCUCUGGAUACUGCCAUCUAUUGGAUAGAGUACGUUAUUAGAAAUAAAGGAGCCGAACAUUUGAGAUUACCCUCUACAAAGUUGCCCUGGUAUAAAUUAUACUUGAUAGACGUUUUUGCAGUAUUUUUUAUAAGUUUGUUAGUUUUGUAUAAAAUAGUCUGUGUCUUAUUGAGUAAAGUAUUUAGAGGAAAACAACAGAAAAGAAAAUUAAAGAAAAAAUAGAUAGUAUUUUAGGAAUAAAUUUAAAUUUUUAGUAACAUAAUUUAAUUUUCUUGUUGGUUUGUGACUGUUUUAAAAUUAUUGUGAUGUUAAGUUGUAUAUUUAAUGCCAAAGAUAUAUACACUUUUGUUAAUUAAAAUCUGUUUAUUUUUA